AUGCGCUUCCCGCUUCGCCUCCUGCGAACUCCCACUCGACCUGCCGACCCCCAACCACAGUGCAACGGCAGCAUGUCCAACCUUCUCAAGCGCAAGUCGCCCUACUCGGCUGCAGGGAGCCCGGCGCCGAACUCGCGCGGCGCGACCGCGGGCGUCAGCGUCAAGACGGAGGACAGGAAGCCAAGAGCUAUGCCCGUCGCGGGCAUCAUCGAGCUGGUCCGUUCCCCGUGUCGAAGAGACGUCGGAGAGAUUGGUGGCCGGCACUUCCUCGCAAAGAGGUAUUACAAGGAGCUGACCCCAGGCAUCGGAGGGACACCGUCAGGCUCGCACUAUGGAUUCCAGGACCCUCGAACGGUGUCGCUUGAGCUGAGGGACUACCUGAAGGACCGAUCGACGCUGCGAUGGCAGGAUGCGUACUUGCACGUCGAGGACAAGAGCCCUGGUGUUGAUCCCAACCAGGUUCUCGAGAUGCUGAAGGGUCUUGACAGGGUCAAGUUCAACGAGCACAACCAAGUGUUCACUUACGAGGGCCUGACAUACAAGUCAAUCCGCGAGGCGAUGCCCGGCCCCGAGCUUGUUGCUUACAUGGAGGAGCUGGAGAAGGACGGCAGCAUCCUAAUUCUGCGCUCGUUGACGGGCAAGCUGAAGGAUGCUCCUCUUCCUGCGCUCGGCAAAGAGAAUGCUUGGGGCGACAAGCUGAACGGUGGCGGCCCGGAGCGAUGGCGGACGGUGUUCUGGGACGAGUUAAAGGAGCGAGGUCGAGCGGCCGAUCGCGUGGAUGACGAAUUCGUGUUCGCUUGGGAUGAUGUCAAAAUCCAGGAGACUGACGAUGUGGCGAAGCUGCUCGAGGGACAGGACCUCAAGGCGUCAUCGGUGGACAAGGUCGACAACAAGCCGAAGAACGAGGACCAGGGCAAGAAGAAGAAGAAGCGCAGCCGCGCCCUCAAGAUCACAAACACGCAUAUGAAGGCUUUCGGUAUCGACUUCUCGCAAGAUUACGAGGCACCCGCCUAA